GCAUAAAACAGCUGUGCGCAGUGGAGGUGGAGGAGCCUUGUUUCUGUGACAUGCGUGAUGUGACUGAAACCGUAUCGUUGGCAUAUAACUCUGAAACUAUAGAAAAUGAUGGUGAUCUUGAAGGUGGAUAAUCUUGAUUUUUAUCCACUCUGGUGGUCAACGCAUGUUUCAGAUUGCUUAGUGGGUGAGCACAGAGAUACUCCUGAAAAUAACCCAGAUACUCCAUUUGAUUUCACACCUGAAAACUAUAAGAGAAUAGAAGCAAUAGUAAACAACUACCCAGAGGGACAUAGAUCAGCUGCUGUGAUUCCAGUACUAGAUCUGGCCCAGAGACAGAAUGGAUGGUUGCCCCUAUCAGCGAUGAACAAGGUUGCUGAAGUUUUACAGAUGCCUCCCAUGAGAGUAUAUGAAGUAGCAACUUUCUAUACAAUGUAUAAUCGGAAGCCGGUUGGAAAAUAUCAUAUUCAGAUCUGCACAACUACACCUUGCAUGCUGAGAGACUCUGAUGGCAUACUGGAGGCCAUUCAGAAGAAGCUUGGUAUACAAGUUGGGGAAACAACACCUGAUAAACUUUUCACACUGGUAGAAGUUGAAUGUUUAGGUGCUUGCGUAAAUGCACCGAUGGUACAAAUAAAUGAUAAUUAUUAUGAAGAUCUGACACCAAAAGAUAUGGAAGACAUAAUUGAUGAACUAAAGGCUGGCAGAGUUCCCAAACCUGGCCCAAGAAGUGGACGCUUUUCUUGUGAGCCAGCUGGUGGUCUUACUUCUCUGACUGAACCACCCAAAGGACCUGGAUUUGGAGUUCGAGCAGACCUCUGAGCAUUUAUGUAAUAAAUUAUAAAAACAUAAGUUGUCUGAAAAUAAAACACCUUUAACUUCAUUAAA